UUACAUUUUCACAAGAGGAAUUACCGCAUUCAGUUGAGGAUUGAUUUGAAACUGCUUUUUUCGUGUGAAUUUACGGAUUUUUCGAGCGAAAUAAGUGAUUCCGCAGUGUAGUAUCUGUUGCCCAUCAAUGUGAAGUGGUAAUUAUCCUGUUCGAUUUGUACAACUUUGAUUUUAUGAGGCUAUAUUGACCGCAACUGGCGUAAGGAAUUUUUGCAUCUUGUAAGCUGCAUUCGUGUUAGUUUAGGUGCGUUGCUGUCGGAAGAAAAAAGACCCCAAACUUCAAUUUCAUUGGACAGAACUUUUUUUUUUGGUAAAUAAAUAGUUAUCCAGGGGUUCCGCUAUAUUGUCCAUGAAUGAUGAGUUAUUCCAGAAGCCAACAAUAUUACGAGCAAAGCUCACGAUCCCGUAGUCGCGAUCGGAAAUAUCGCCGGGAGUACAAAGAAGAAGGCGAAAGGUAUGUCUCGUCCUACAGAAACUACGACUACAGUGGAAGUAGCUCCGGACGUUAUGAGCGUCGCGCCCCCCGGCAACCUCCCUAUGUUACCAGCCAGAGAAACGACCCAUCGUCCACACCUAGCAGCGUCGUCCUCGCGGUGUUUAACAUCAGUAUUUACACCACCGAGGCAGAACUGUACGACGUUUUCUCCAAGUUUGGUCCCGUGAAGAAGGCAACCGUGGUGCUCGAUGCCAAGACCGGACGCUCCCGUGGUUUUGGCUUCGUGUACUUCGAUAGCGUCGAGGAUGCUAAGGUGGCUCAUGCUCAAUCCAACGGCAUUGAAAUUGGAGACCGUCGGAUACGGGUGGAUUUUUCUGCUACACAGAAACCGCAUGACCCAACACCCGGAGUUUAUUACGGCAAGGUUAGCUACCCGAAGGGCAGUUCCUACGGUCCCCCUGCUCCUGUUUCUAACAAUAUGGGAGCACCAGUCUCCAGCAGUGGAGGAUACUACCAUUGUCGGGCAUGCGAAAUUGAAGCUCGGGAACGGGAGAGAUGGGAACGUGAAACACGGCGAUACAACAAUGGAGAUCAAUACUACUAUCAGGAAAAGUAUGCUACUCACGAUUCUCGCCCUCGAGAUCGAGCAGCCAUGCCAAGAUCAAGAAGUGAAUAUUACCGAGGAGGUGCCAAUAUUCGCUGACAGUGGCCUCCAAUGGCUGUCGUUGUUCCGCCGGGCGGCUACCAUACGAUGAUGUAGACAUACCCCGUUAGCGUUUCCUCUUCCAAGCCUGCUUUCCAAAACAUUGUUGGUCAUUAUGGAAUGCCUAGAUAGAUACUUUAACAAUGUUCUGAUAUUUUCUGAAGAGCUGUGUGUUGCUUUACCGCAAUAAUAUACACUGUGAGUGAAUGCAUGCUCACAUAAAAGCAGGUCACUCGACCAUUUAUUGCUAUUGUCACAUAUUUAAUUGGCAUUCAAACUUUCUUACGCAUAUAACAAUAUUAAUAGAUUAAAAACGAUCGUCUCAGAUUUGAACUGUUUAAUAAAUAUACAAUUUAAGUGAAUACGUCAAAUCUAGAUCUUUUUUCCAAAAAAGCAUGUUAAACACCAACAACUAGCGGAGACAAAUGCUUUUUAGUAUUGAUUAACAAAGCAAAUAAAAGGCUAUAUAUUAGACCAUUACAUCUACCUAUAUAAAA